AAUAUCAACAACCGCCCCACCACGAACUCGCUCGACUUUUCGAAUAAGAACCCGCCAAUAGAUCCAUCGAAAAGCCCUCGAUCAUACGAGCAUUUGGACCCCAUCGCCGACCGCAUACCCCGUGUGGUGGUGGAGAUAUCCAGCCAAACGUGA